AACUCCUAUUCAAUGGCUGACAAAAUUGCAUACAAUUCAUCCCCAUAGGCAAAGCCAUCCCUAUCAAAAUUGAGUACAACUAUCUAAAUCCAGCCUAUUAAUUAAUCAUAUUUUCAGCUCCUUCCAUCUCAUCCUAACGCUAUAAAUAGCCUUCAGCAGCCUGCUUUUUCUAUAUCCAUAUCUACAUCUCCAGUUCUCUCUUCAAAGGUUUUGGUUGUAGUUGCUGGAACAUUCCUACUUUUGAGCGUUUGACAAUGGGAAGCGUUGCCGGAGAGAAACUUAGGUUCUGCAUUGACAGAGGUGGGACAUUCACUGAUGUUUAUGCAGAAAUUCCUGGACACUCUGAAGGCCGAGUUAUGAAAUUGUUGUCGGUUGAUCCAUCUAACUAUGAUGAUGCUCCUGUUGAAGGAAUUAGGAGGAUACUGGAAGAAUAUACUGGGGAAAAACUUUCACGAAGCUCAAAAGUUCCCACAGAUAAGAUAGAGUGGAUAAGAAUGGGAACAACUGUAGCAACAAAUGCUUUGUUGGAGAGAAAAGGGGAACGAAUUGCGCUAUGUGUCACUCAGGGCUUUCGGGAUCUGCUGCAGAUUGGCAACCAGGCCCGUCCCAAUAUCUUUGACCUCACUGUAUCAAAACCUUCAAAUCUUUAUGAAGAGGUCAUAGAAGUUGAUGAGAGAGUUGAACUUGUGCCUGACGAUCAGAAAAUAACUCCAGAUUCUUCUGCAUCUAUAAUUAAAGGCAUUUCAGGCGAGCUUGUCAAGGUUACGAAGCCCCUAAAUGAGGAAGCUCUAAGGCCUUUGCUUGAAAGUUUGUUGAAGAAAGGCAUCAGUUGCUUAGCUGUUGUUUUAAUGCAUUCUUACACUUACCCUGACCAUGAAGUUUUUGUGGAGCGGCUGGCUUUGAGUUUGGGUUUCAGGCAUGUUUCCUUGUCAUCUGCUUUGACUCCUAUGGUUCGAGCUGUUCCUCGGGGUCUCACUGCCAGUGUGGAUGCCUAUCUUACUCCUGUUAUUAAAGAGUAUUUAUCAGGAUUUAUGUCCAAAUUUGAUGAAGGUCUGGGGAAGUUGAAUGUUUUGUUCAUGCAAUCAGAUGGAGGACUUGCACCUGAAAGUAGAUUUUCAGGCCACAAAGCACUUUUGUCAGGUCCUGCAGGUGGUGUAGUUGGCUACACACAAACUCUUUAUGGGCUUGAAACAGAUAAGCCGCUCAUUGGUUUUGAUAUGGGUGGUACAUCCACCGAUGUAAGCCGAUAUGCUGGUAAUUAUGAGCAAGUCAUCGAAACACAGAUUGCUGGAGCAAUAAUCCAAGCACCUCAGCUUGAUAUAAACACUGUUGCUGCUGGUGGGGGAUCUAAACUGAAGUUCCAAUUUGGAGCUUUCAGAGUAGGACCAGAAUCUGUGGGUGCACAUCCAGGACCUGUUUGCUACAGGAAAGGUGGGGAGUUAGCUGUGACAGAUGCAAAUCUUAUUCUGGGGUAUGUGAUUCCCAAUUAUUUCCCAUCAAUUUUUGGUCCAAAUGAAGAUCAGCCAUUAGAUAUUAAUGCAACUAGAGCUGCAUUUGAGAAACUUGCAAAACAAAUUAACUCGUACCGCAAGAGCCAGGAUUCAUCAGCAAAGGAUAUGACAGUGGAGGAGAUUGCACUGGGAUUUGUUAAGGUUGCCAAUGAAACCAUGUGCCGUCCAAUACGGCAAUUGACUGAGAUGAAGGGCCACGAGACAAGUAACCAUGCUCUUGCUUGUUUUGGAGGUGCUGGACCCCAGCAUGCGUGUGCAAUUGCUAGAUCAUUGGGUAUGAAGGAAGUGCUUAUUCACCGUUUCUGUGGGAUUUUGAGUGCAUAUGGGAUGGGGUUGGCAGAUGUUGUAGAGGAGGCACAGGAGCCCUAUUCUGCUGUUUAUGGCCCUGAGUCCCUGCUGGAGGUCUCUAGCCGAGAAGCUAACUUGUUGAAGCAGGUAAAACAGAAAUUGCAAGAGCAAGGAUUUAGAGAGGGAAAUAUAAAAACAGAAGAAUAUCUCAAUUUAAGGUAUGAAGGGACUGAUACUGCGAUCAUGGUAAAGAGCCCUGUUAAUGAAGAUGGAUCAAGAGGUGAUUAUGCUGUUGAAUUUGUUAAGUUAUUCCAACGAGAAUAUGGAUUUAAACUUCAAAACAGAAAUAUCCUUAUAUGUGAUGUAAGAGUUCGUGGUAUUGGAGUCACCAAUAUAUUGAAGCCACGGGCCCUGGAUGCUGCCAUGAGGACCCCUCAAGUUGGAGGUUACUACAAGGUUUAUUUUGGUGAUGGUUGGCAGGAUACACCCUUGUUCAAACUUGAGGAGCUAGGCUGUGGCCAUGUCAUUCCUGGCCCAGCAAUCAUUAUAAAUGGCAAUAGCACUGUGAUUGUGGAGCCCAAGUGCAAGGCACUGAUUACAAAGUAUGGCAACAUCAAAAUUGAGAUAGAAUCAACUUCAGCUGGGAAUAAAGCAUCCGGAAAUGUUGCAGAUGUUGUGCAGCUGUCAAUCUUCAAUAACAGGUUUAUGGGGAUAGCUGAACAGAUGGGACGGACACUACAGAGAACUUCCAUCUCAACAAAUAUUAAGGAACGUCUAGAUUUCUCCUGUGCUCUAUUUGGUCCUGACGGGGGUCUUGUUGCGAAUGCCCCUCAUGUCCCUGUCCAUUUGGGAGCUAUGUCCAGCAGUGUCCGGUGGCAGUUGAAGUACUGGGGCAAUGAUUUGCACGAAGGAGAUGUUCUGGUUACUAACCAUCCUUCUGCUGGUGGUAGCCACCUACCUGAUAUUACUGUUAUCACACCUGUUUUUGACAAAGAGAAGUUGGUAUUCUUUGUGGCAAGCAGAGGGCAUCACGCUGAGAUUGGAGGUAUAACUCCUGGAAGUAUGCCUCCUUUUUCCAAGGCUAUAUGGGAAGAAGGAGCAGCAAUAAAGGCAUUUAAGCUUGUAGAGAAGGGAAUUUUCCAGGAAGAAGGAAUCAACAAACUUCUCAAGUUCCCAAGCACUGAUGGUUCAGCUUACAACAUACCUGGAACACGAAGACUUCAAGAUAAUCUAUCAGAUCUUCAUGCUCAAGUUGCUGCAAAUCAAAGGGGAAUAUCCCUUAUUAAGGAGCUCAUUGAGCAGUAUGGCUUGGAGACUGUCCAGGCUUAUAUGAGUUAUGUGCAGCAUAAUGCAGAGGAAGCAGUGAGAGAAAUGCUCAAGUCUAUUGCAUCCAGUGUCGUCUCCGAGUCAACCAAGUCUAAGGAGGGAGAUUCAGUGACCAUUGAAGAGGAAGAUUACAUGGAUGAUGGGUCUGUUAUACACCUAAAACUCACUAUUGAUGGUGAGAAAGGUGAAGCGUUUUUUGAUUUUUCUGGGACAAGCCCAGAAGUUUGUGGUAAUUGGAAUGCACCAGAAGCAGUCACUGCUGCAGCAGUCAUUUACUGCCUACGCUGUUUGGUGAAUGUUGAUAUUCCUCUUAAUCAAGGCUGCUUGGCACCUGUGAAAAUAUACAUUCCUCCUGGUUCAUUUCUGUCUCCAAGUGACAAAGCUGCGGUUGUGGGUGGGAAUGUCCUAACAUCUCAAAGAGUAACUGAUGUUAUACUUACUGCAUUUCAGGCAUGUGCUUGUUCUCAAGGUUGUAUGAACAACUUAACCUUUGGGGAUGAUACUUUCGGCUACUAUGAGACAAUUGGAGGUGGAAGUGGAGCUGGCGCCAGUUGGGAUGGAACCAGUGGAGUCCAGUGUCAUAUGACCAAUACUCGCAUGACUGAUCCGGAGAUUUUUGAGCAAAGAUAUCCAGUUUUUCUGCAUCAGUUUGGAUUGAGAGAAAAUAGCGGUGGUGCAGGAUUUCAUAGAGGAGGUGAUGGUCUCGUCAGGGAGAUUGAAUUUCGACGUCCUGUUGUCAUGAGCAUCCUUUCAGAAAGGCGUGUACACGCCCCUAGGGGUUUGAAGGGAGGAAAAGAUGGGGCUCGGGGUGCAAACUUCCUCGUUACAAAAGAUAAACAGAGGGUAUUUCUUGGAGGGAAAAAUACAGUCCAGGUUCAUGCUGGCGAAAUUCUUCAGAUUUUUACUCCUGGCGGUGGUGGAUGGGGUUCAGUUUGAUCCAUCAUAGCAAUUGUCUUGGUGGAAUCGAAAACCUUCAUUUUUGUACUCCCCCUUUUACUUUUCGAUACUUUAGAUCCUUCUUUCUGACGUCUCUUAGAAGAAUGAUGAAUAUGGCAUAUUUUCCAAAGGGUCCUGGAUACUGUUACUGUUGUCAUCAGUAUCGGAUAUUUGAUGUUUGAUUAUACAUGUACAAGUUCUUCUCUUUUUACAAUGAAUAAACAUCAUUUUCUUACUUAA